GGGGUCGCGCGCGAGAGGGGAGGGGAGCGGGGGGGAGGGCUCCUGACCAACUCCCUCCACCUCAUGCUGGCCAUUGCCAUGGCAACCAGGGUGUGCUGGGCCCCCGAGGAGGACAAAGCGGGGGCUAGGACCUCCUGGGGAGCGCAGGGGUCUGUGGUUCUUCCACCGGAGUAGACCCUGGCACCGCUGUGCCCCAUUUUCACCCCAUUUGCCCUGGAAUCAUUAUGCCCGUCCUCACAGCCUCUGCUUCAAGGGCUCACCCCCUUUCCUCUUAGCGUCCUCCCCAGGGCUCCCUGCAGCUCAGCGUCAUUAAGAUCAGGACUGUCGUGAGGGAAACUGAGGCUGUGGGCCGGGAUGGGGCACUCAGAGUCUCCCGGGAGGGAGUCAGCACCUCAGGGACCUGGGGGCUUUUCUUUUUCGCCUCCCUGUCUCCCCUCCCACCUCCACCCUGCCCCUCCUCCCUCCUCCCUCCAAGGCCUCUUCUGGGGCUCCUUAGUGUUCCUUCUAUUUUCAGAUACUACCACUUUGCCCCCUCUUUCUCUUCUGCCAAACUCUCCUCCUUCUCCUAGUUCCCCCUCUUUCCAUUUCUGGAUGCUUCUGAUGUCAGUGGUUUCCCCGCCUUCGGGCUCCCUGGGCCCCCCUUCGGUCUCAGCCUCUUUUCUCCCAUUUCCCCAGAUCCCUGGGGAGCUGGUGGGUGAUCAGCCAGGCUUGGGUAAAUGCAACUGGGCACCAAGACCACCAGGCCCGGAAGACUGACAGCUGGUCCAGGUGGCUGAGCCCACCUCCAAAUUCCUUGGGCCAUCCAGAAGAUUCCCUGCCUGGUCAAGAACCCAAGGAGACAGACCUGCAAGCCCUGGCCACUCUCGUGGUUGGGAAAGCAGCCAGCUGGCCUCCCCCAUCUACUCCAGGGACACUUAGGGAAGAGCCCCACCCGGCCCAGAGGCUGAGGACCACAGCUGCUGCCCCACAGCCUCCACCUGGCCCUGUGCACUGGGCCUUAGCUGGGUUGGUCAUUCGAUGCUGAGCAGGAGGGUGGGCCUGGGGCAGCCUGACUGAGCACAGGGCAAGGAUCGUGGGCAUCAUGGGGGUGUAUGUAAGUGGGGCUCCUGGGUAAGACCUAGCCCCCGCCCCCAGAGCUCCAAGGGGGUGGGGGGCUGAGGAUAGGAUGGCUCGGGGUGGGCUGGGGGCAGAAGAGGCCUCCCUACGCUCCAGUGCGUUGUCCUGGCUGGCCUGUGGGCUCCUGGCACUGCUGGCCAAUGCCUGGAUCAUCCUUAGCAUCUCGGCCAAGCAGCAGAAGCACAAGCCACUGGAGCUGCUGCUCUGCUUCCUGGCGGGCACACACAUCCUCAUGGCAGCCGUCCCCCUCACCACGUUCGCUGUGGUGCAGCUGCGGCGCCAGGCUUCCUCUGACUAUGACUGGAAUGAAAGCAUCUGCAAGGUGUUUGUGUCCACCUACUACACGCUGGCCCUGGCCACCUGCUUCACUGUUGCCUCACUCUCCUACCAUCGCAUGUGGAUGGUGCGCUGGCCUGUCAACUACCGCCUCAGCAAUGCCAAGAAGCAGGCGCUGCAUGCUGUCAUGGGCAUCUGGAUGGUCAGCUUCAUCCUCUCCACCCUGCCUUCCAUCGGCUGGCACAACAAUGGAGAGCGCUACUAUGCCCGAGGCUGCCAGUUCAUAGUCUCCAAGAUUGGCCUUGGCUUUGGUGUCUGCUUCAGCCUCCUGUUACUUGGGGGCAUUGUCAUGGGGCUGGUUUGUGUGGGCAUCACUUUCUACCAGACACUGUGGGCCCGGCCCCGGAGAGCUCGGCAGGCCCGGAGAGCGGGGGGCAAUGGCAGAGCCAAGGUGGGUGGGCCGGGGGGCUUUAGUGCCCGGCCAGCUUUUGAGGUGCCGGCCAUUGUGGUGGAGGAUACCCGGGGGAAGCGACGGUCUUCGCUGGAUGGCUCUGAGUCUGCCAAGACGUCACUACAAGUCACCAACUUGGUCAGCGCCAUCGUCUUUCUCUACGACUCACUCACAGGGGUGCCCAUCUUGGUAGUCAGCUUCUUCUCCCUGAAGUCGGACUCGGCGCCCCCGUGGAUGGUGCUGGCCGUGCUGUGGUGCUCCAUGGCACAGACGCUGCUGCUGCCCUCCUUCAUCUGGUCCUGCGAACGCUACCGAGCCGACGUGCGCACGGUGUGGGAGCAGUGUGUGGCUAUCAUGUCCGAGGAGGAUGGCGAUGACGAUGCGGGCUGUGACAACUACACAGAGGGCCGAGUCUGCAAAGUUCGCUUUGAUGCUAACGGAGCCACAGGGCCAGGGGGCAGGGACCCCACCCAGGUGAAGCUGCUGCCUGGCCGGCACAUGCUCUUCCCUCCCCUUGAGAGAGUGCACUACUUACAGGUCCCUUUGUCGCGCCGCCUGUCCCAUGACGAGACCAACAUCUUCUCUAAUCCCCGGGCAACCGGCUCCUUCCUGCACAAGUGGUCAUCCUCUGACGACAUCCGGGUCCUCCCAUCCCACAGCCGGGCCCUUGAGGAUCCUGAGUACCUGGGACAGACACACCGGGUGGAGGACGAAGAGGAAGAGGAGGCUGAAGGUGGGGGGCUGGCCAGCCUUCGCCAGUUCCUGGAAAGCGGGGUUCUGGGAUCAGGUGCAGGACCCCCACGGGGUCCUGGCUUUUUCCGGGAGGAGAUCACCACCUUCAUCGAUGAGACACCUCUGCCUUCUCCAGCUGCCUCUCCGGGACCCUCUCCACGAAGGCCCCGGCCGCAGGGUCUGUCACCCCGCCGCCUCUCUCUGGGGUCCCCUGACAACAGAGCCAUUGGACUUCCUCUGGGGAUAAGCGCAGGGCGACGUUGUUCCCUGACAGGUAGUGAAGGCAGUGCUAGGGCCUGGGGAAGACCCUGGGGCCCAGGCACCCCAAUUUUCCCCCAGCUGACCCUGUGAGCCAGGCAGGGCCAGGUGAGGACACAGAUCUGGCCCUGAGCCCAAGGCCACUACCCUCAGAUUCAGGGAGACGGGCAGCUAGAUCCGGAGCUCCAGGGCCCCUGCUUGGGCCCGUCCACGUGGCUAGGUGCCCUGCUCACCCUCUGUCAUCCCUACCGAAAUGUAUUAAAGUCUGAGUGUUGCCAUAGAAA